GACAAACGUUGUGUUGCAAUGGUCCUUGUUGACGGCGAUUGUAUGCCGUUUUUGGAUGACCUUGUUGAGCAAGGACUUGAGGGAGGCAAGAAGGCUGCAAGUCUUUUGCGCCUGGCAACUUUUGACGAGCUCAACGCCGUUGAUCCUUGCCUCCCGCACCAUUUGCAAGUUUCGGUCCGUGUUUACGCCAACGUGAAGGGUCUAGCCAAGACCUAUACCGAAGCGGGCAUCAUUCCACACCCAAGCGUUUUGGAUGAGUUCAUCCGAGGCUUCAACAUGAAGAAUCGCAUGUGCGACUUCGUUGAUGCGGGUAAUGGCAAGGAGUGUGCGGAUGAAAAGUUGAAGGCGAAUUUUGAGUUCGGUGUUUCGGAUGUUCACUGCCGGCAUGUCUUGUUCGGUGCUUCAGCAGACAGCGGUUACGCUCGCUUGUUGGGAUCGCAACUCGACGAUGAGGUGAUUCGCAAGAAAAUCAUACUCCUCGAAGGUCCUCCAUUCGCACAGGAAUUGGCGGAGAUGAAAGACCAGUUCCGAGUCGCUUCUUUCAACAGGGUCUUUAGGCGACAUAAAUUGCUCAACAACAUCAAACGCAAGGUAUCAUACAACAUCACACCACCAUCAACGCCUUCGACCAACUAUGCGUCAGCCGCUGCAAAAGCCCCAUCGAUUCUAUCUGGAGACCAACCGGUCCGUCAGCAAGCCACAGUUGACUCCAGGAUACCUUUGCCCACCUUGGGACAGGUGCUUCGGAACAAGGCUGGGCAACGAGUUGAUUCACCGCUCGCUUCUAUUACUCAUCAAGAGUUCAUCUUGAUGAAGAGCCGGAAGUUGUGCAACAGUUUCCAUCUUUUGGGCAGAUGUCCCUAUCAGGACUUGUAUGGGAAGUGCUCACACGAGCACAGAGGCAAGCUGAGCCCGAGAGAGUUGCAAGUUCUUUGGGCCGUGGCUCGUCAGUCUCACUGCCACGCAGGUCUGAGUUGCACCGAACCGACUUGCGUAUUUGGCCAUCAGUGCCCUCGUGAGAGUUGCAAUGGGGCGAGUUGUCGCCUGAGGUUUCCUCUAGAGUUGCAUAACAUUGACAAAAGACCUACCCGGUGAGACUGAGUGGUUGAGUGAGAAUACGCCACCAGCAAACUUGCGAUAAAACGGUAUCAUCAUCUGAAAAUAUCGGUAUACGGGUUAGCAGGACAUCGUUUCGGCCAGGACGAAGUGGGGUAUGUCGUAUUUUGCUCUGCGUCUAUGGGAUUUCAAAGAAGGGGUGUUGGGUUUGAGCUUUUGGUAUUCCCAAGACUCCAACUAGAAUAAGAGGCAUCGAAAUCAGGAGAAGUAGUAGAUAUUGAAUAAAAAUGACCGUGCUGUCCUCUAAG